AAAUUACUGCAACUAACGGAUCAGAAGACCUCACGAUGUAUCAGUCACAAAUUAUAGUUCUUCUGGUCCUAGUGCCCUUACUCUUAGCCCAAAGCACGAAAAUGUGUUACUCGUGCCAAGGCAAUUGUACUGUAACAAGUGACGUAACGGAAUGUUUAAGCCCUGACGAUAAAUGUUACGCGUGCGAAGAUUCACAAAACGGGUUUGUUAUCCAAUCCAAAGACUGCAUCAGUUCUAUUCUCGCCGAGUCGUUGUGUAACGGCAACUCGAAGUGUUACACUUGCGACUACGAUCUGUGUAACACAAUUGUAGACCCCGGGGCUAAAAAUUGUUACGUCUGUAUUGACGAAUGCUCGGAACCGCCGCAACAACACAAUUGUCAAGAAGUUUUGACUGCCAGUGAAACUCGGAUUGUCAAGGCUGCCUGUCUCAGUUACACAAUUCAAAAUGGGGAUGAAGUUACAGUUUCUAAAGGCUGUAUCCAUGAUGAUAGUGUUAUCAGAUCGACUUGUUUCACUAUAGGUCAUGUUUUUCCGCACAUAACUUGCAAAAUGUGUGAUAGCGACCUUUGUAACGGUGAAACAGUUCCCGAGAAGGUUACUACCGUCGAUGAAUGUUACUACUGUGUCCAGGAUUGUGUUGAGCCUUUGCAAACACAGAAAUGUGUGGAUGUUGUUGGGGAAGGCGUUAGCACGAAAUGUGCAGCUCUUGAGUUCACUUCUGGUCAUUUUUCAUUGUGGUUACAAUUUUUGUUACAUUAUUUUUGUAGGGGGCUAAAAGUAUGAAAUGAAGGGUUGUGUCGAGGAUAAUGCCCAAAUUCGGGCCAACUGUACGCUUGUGAACCAACUGGGCGGUAACUGCACACUUUGUGACACGAAUUUGUGUAACGUGAAGGAAAAAGACGACACAAGUAAAGAAGAAGAAAAUAAUGCAAGUUUAAGAAAUGAAACAACAAUGUGUUUUCUUAAUUGUAUUUCUAAUAAAGUUUGCUUAACAAUAAAACAAACGAAAUCGCAA